UUGAGUUUCUUCUCUUUGUGAUUAAAAAAGAAAGCAAAACUCUGUAAUCGAAACUGAAGAAAGCCCUAAGAAUAAAAAGCCUGUUGUGGGAAUGGAACAAGCUGCAGAGAGGAGUUCAACCAUUGUUGCAUCCACCUCUGAAGGGUCGGAUUUUGAUCCGAUAUCUCGAUUGAGGAAGCUCUUGUUCCGCCAAAUGCUUGUGGGAAUCAAAGACGGCAGAUUCUUCCUUGGAAAUUUCCAUUGCAUUGACAAACAAGGAAACAUCAUUCUCCAAGACACUGUGGAGUAUCGUAGCAUACGAAGAUCAUCUCCUUCGCCUACUGAACAGCGUUGUCUUGGUAUGAUCCUAAUCCCUUCCUCUUGCAGGACAUCUUGCCAUGUUGAUUGCUCUAUCGAUGAACAGCUUUCGUUGAUUCAGCUGAAAGAGUAGAGCUUCUUUUAAGACUUCAUGAGAGAAUCUUUCCAAGUUUCAUCAAUGUUGUAACCAAUAAUAGGUCUUGUCAUGGAUUUAGUCUCUUCAUCAUGGCCAAAAUCAAAAUUUUAUUCCAUGUCUUUGUAUGGUCAAUGAUUCACAUGUUUUUGUGAAGAUAUAUGUAUACAUUGGAAACUGUUUUUGAACUUUUUGUAUUUACAUUUAGAGAGACAAGUCUGAAACUUUUCGAA